AUGAACAAGACGUCCAGAACCGAUGAGCCUUACGAGGGCGAUGGCGCCCUCAACCAGAGCCCCAAUACUCUCUCCAACGAUCUCACCACCAACCAGGACCUGAACGGCAUCGCCAAUGCCCGAACUCGGCGCUCUGCAGGUGAUGGGGAUGCGGAUGAGGAUGGUAGUCAGGCCAUCACGAAGCUCGACCCGCCGACUACGGAGCCAGUUCGUGACAAAGCUGCGAUGCAGCCAAAUCUGGCCGUGGUGCAUGGUGAAAGUGCUACUGGUCAGUCGCCUGGGAUCAACGAAAAGACCCAGGCGUCUCAAGGCGACCUCCGUCAAGGUGGCGGCGGCGCUGCGUCGUUCGUUGCGAAGGAUGGAGGGAGUCCUCUCGCGCGGGUCUGGCGAGUUUUCCUCACCUUUGGGAAAUUCGUUGGACCCGGCUUUAUGGUGUCGGUGGCGUACAUUGACCCUGGAAAUUAUUCCACCGCUAUCGCGGCUGGAGCUUCAUAUGAGUUCCGGCUGCUCUUUGUUGUUUUCAUGAGCAACUUAUUUGCCAUUUUGUUACAGAGCUUGUCUACUAAAUUGGGAACAGUCACGGGACUAAACCUGGCUGAGGCCAAUCGAGCAUUCUUACCACCAUGGUUGAACUACUUUCUAUACGGCAUGGCAGAGAUCGCCAUCAUCGCUACGGACAUUGCCGAGGUUAUCGGUACGGCCAUCGCUCUGAACCUCCUCAUUCCACAGCUCCCUUUGGUAGCCGGCUGCGCCCUUUCGAUCCUGGAUGUCAUGUUCUUGCUCUUCUUCUACCGCCCUCAGGGCUCUAUGAAGGGUCUCCGCGUGUUUGAGAUAUUUGUCGGUCUGCUUGUUCUUGCAGUUGUUGUCUGCUUCUGCAUCGAGUUAUCGCACAUUGAGAACACAUCCGUGGGGCACGUUUUCAAGGGCUAUCUGCCGAAUAGUGCUGUUAUUCAGGGUGAGGGUCUUUACCAAGCCUGCGGUAUCCUCGGAGCCACGGUCAUGCCGCAUUCUCUCUAUCUUGGAUCUGGUCUUUGUCAACCCCGUCUCAUGGAGUACGACACUUGUAAUGGUCUCAUGCCCGCUGAGUCACCAUCGGCCGCCGACAGUCUGAGCGAUGGCAAGUCGAAUGAGAAGGUAUUCUACGUGCCUUCAAUCAAGGCUAUCAAGCACUGUCUCAAGUACUCAUAUGCCGAACUUGUCAUCUCACUCUUUACGUUUGCCCUCUUCGUCAACAGCGCAAUCCUAAUUGUUGCGGGAUCGAGUUUGUACGAGAAUCCAGAUGCACUCGAUGCUGAUAUCUUUGGAAUUCAUAGCCUGCUGACAUCAAGCCUCGGUACUGCUGCGGGUACUGUUUUUGCUUUGGCUUUGUUAUUUUCUGGCGUCUCGGCCGGCAUUGUUUGUACUAUCUCCGGUCAAAUGGUGUGCGAAGGUGCUCUGAAGUGGCAGAUGAAGCCUUGGCUCCGUCGUCUGAUCACGCGUAGCAUCAGUAUUACGCCUUCCAUCAUCAUCGCUGGAGCUGCUGGCCGUGAAAAGCUGAGCGCCGCGCUGAAUGGCAGUCAGGUCGCUCUCUCCGUCGUCCUGCCAUUCGUUUCCGCGCCAUUGAUCUGGUACACGUGCUUCAACAAGUACAUGACGGUUCAGCCUGGUCUCGCCAGAUUCUACAAGGAGGGUAGCGAUGACAGUUUCGGCGUUCCGGGCGGACGGGUUGACAAUCGUGAUGAGGAAGGCGGAAGUGACCGCAUUGCUGGGCUCGGUGAUUUCGUCGAAAUGGGCAAUGACUGGUGGGUCUGCGUCUUGGCAGUCCUUAUCUGGUUGGUCAUCGCAAUCAUGAAUGUCGCCAACCUGGUGUUGCUUGGCCUCGGAAAGUAA